CAGACUGUAGUCAGAACGACUGAAUGCACACGACACGGGCGGAAGGAGACGCUUGAAGUUAGCGCAGACAUUGUUCACAACUCUCUGAAGUUUAAGAUUAUAUGUAUUUAGUUUAUAUAAAGGAGGGGCGAAGAGGGUUUUUUUUUUUGCUGCAGUUAUUUUAAAAGUUUCGCGGCAUGGUACGACUGGUUUACGCACACGCUUAUUGAAUUAAAUCGGACAGACAUUCCUCUGAAGUUCAUUUACAGACUCCCGUAGAAGUUCCUUUGUUUAUAUGUGAUAUUUUCACAAAGCGGAAUGCCAGUAGUAUAGCCUUUUCUUUUUGUUAUGACGGAAUAGUAGUAACAUUGUCGUUUUAUACAAGUGCGUUAAACGUAUUUACUUUUUAACAAGAAAACAAUCUGGGGUAAAUAUCCUUGAAGAGGUUUCUACUGAUCUGGUGCCUGGACCUCUAAUUUUGACACCUGUUGCAUUUGAAUGUGUCAGUGCAAAAUACCGUGUUACAGUGUAUGGGGAAACCUACAUGCUACGAAGAAGCCAGCGCUUAUGAGGGAACCUUCGGAGGGGACUGUAAGAAUUUUUUAAAAGACUUUUCAGAAAUCUGAAGCUGGAUAACUGAAUGAAAAACACAAACAGAAUUUAACAAAGGUGGAUUUAACAAAAUAUCUUCAAAAGAGACCAGCAUCAUACUUCUAUUUCAUUGAGGAAAAAAUAACUUCACGGACAUCUGUAAAAACCUGCACAUUCGCUACUUAGACUUCGCUGCGGAUCUCGGACUAAGGUUUGGAAGCCCCGAACAUCCCGGUGAGAUUGAAUGUCACUUAGCCAAAAGAUACAAAAGAGGAGUGCUACGUUUCUACCUCUGGUUCAAGGGGACAUGAAUACCAGGAUGACCGAGGGGCAGUGUACCAGUGUUGGGAUACACUUACUAUUGGUCGUCGCACUCAUUGCCUGUAGCUCACAAGUGCUGGUGGAUGCGAACUCUUGGUGGUCUUUAGCAAUGAACCCUAUUCAGAGGCCGGAGAUGUACAUCAUCGGCGCUCAACCGCUCUGUAGUCAGUUGAGCGGACUUUCCCAAGGACAGAGAAAACUGUGUCAGCUGUAUCAGGACCAUAUGGUGUAUAUAGGCGAGGGGGCCAAGACCGGCAUUAAGGAAUGUCAGUACCAGUUCAAACAGAGGCGAUGGAACUGCAGUACGGUGGACAACACGUCCGUGUUUGGACGAGUUAUGCAAAUAGGGAGCAGAGAGACCGCCUUCACCUACGCCAUCAGCGCGGCGGGCGUGGUGAAUGCGGUCAGCCGGGCGUGCCGCGAGGGGGAGCUGUCCACCUGCGGGUGCAGUCGGGCCGCGCGACCCCGUGACCUGCCCCGCGAUUGGCUGUGGGGCGGCUGCGGCGACAACGUCAACUACGGCUACCGCUUCGCCCGGGAGUUCGUGGACGCCCGCGAGCGGGAGAAGAACUACCCAAAAGGCUCCGAGGAGCACGCGCGCACCCUCAUGAACCUGCAGAACAACGAGGCCGGACGGCAGGCUGCGUAUAACAUGGCCAACGUGGCCUGCAAGUGCCACGGUGUGUCCGGCUCCUGCAGCCUGAAGACCUGCUGGCUGCAGCUGGCCGACUUCCGGCGCGUGGGCGACUUCCUGAAGGAGAAGUACGACAGCGCGGCGGCCAUGCGCAUCGGGCGCAAGGGCAAGCUGGAGCUGGUCAACAACCGCUUCAACACCCCCACGCCGGAGGACCUGGUCUACAUCGACCCCAGCCCGGACUACUGCCUCCGCAACGAGACCACGGGCUCCCUGGGGACCCAGGGCCGCCUCUGCAACAAGACCUCGGAGGGCAUGGACGGCUGCGAGCUCAUGUGCUGCGGGCGGGGCUACGACCAGUUCAAGACCUACAAGCACGAGCGCUGCCACUGCAAGUUCCACUGGUGCUGCUACGUCAAGUGCAAGCGCUGCACCUCCCUCGUGGACCAGUUUGUCUGCAAGUAGGGGCGUGGCGGGCUGGACGGACAGAAGGGCAUGGGGCUGUGCUGGGGUGGGGUGGGCUGAGGAGACAAUAGGCAAGGAAGAGGAGAAGCAGAGUACAUGAACUUAAAUAAUAAUAAUAAAUAAUAAAGUAUAUAAUUUAGUAAACAAACAGAAGAUAAUAAUUUAAUAAGACUUUGUAUCUUGGUUCGAGCGCACGAGAAAAGGGAGGGGAACUUUGAAUGGCACGACACAAGGAUAAUAAGGUGCCGUUUUCUUUCCUUGUUUCUUACAUCUUGGUUGGCUCCCUCCGAAUUUCCAGGGGGCAGACCGUGACCUCUCUGGUGGGCUGUGGGACAUGCCCUUGGAAGAAUCUCCUCUCACAGGCUCCACACAGAGACAGAAAGUGGGGGACAAAGGGGAGACCUCCACCCAGUCAUCUCAGAAACUGCUUUUAGGUGUUUUUCUCAGUCCCUCCCUCCCCCCACCAGACUAUAGUUCUGACACCCCCACACCUGGCCACCCCUUGCCCUGCCCCUCAUAUAGCUCUGAGAUGUUUGGAUGUGACAACGCACAUCUUGCACACUUACUAUCACAUUUGGCCACAGCAUGUGCUUGAGUGCAUGUGUGUCACCACAUCAAACUGCCCUCCCAUUCCACAGUGCAGACACAGACCCAGAGCCCCCUACUGGUGCCCCUGCCAUCCUGCAUUUCGUAGCAGAUGGUGAGCAGGGGACCUGCCUGUGCUGUCAGGUUGUAUGGAUCCAUUACGGAGUGCCCAGGGGGCCUUAUCCUAAAGGAGAAAGUGCAGGAGAUAAGAUGAUUGACAAGAUGCCCAUGGACAUCGUUAAACAGGGGGGUGGAACUGAACCCCUGGACUGGUCUGGAGACACUGCCUAAUAAAUUAGGACACCUCAGAAAAGCACAAAAAAAAACAUGCCAAAUAUUCACCUCUCACCUCUAGGCCUCGCAGUGUUUCAUGUCUUUCAGAGAGCACUGACGGAGUAAAUGGGUUUACUGCAAGUCACAUGACAAAAACAGCUUCAGAGUUUGGGCUGGUUAAAAAAAAUGUUAUCCACCCACAUGAGAUACUGAUCAUUGAAGGAUACUGGCUUUUUGUCAGAAACUUAUCCUGUCAAGGAUUUCUUCUGCUGAAAAAUCCAGGAAAUUGUUCAAGCUCACAGGUGUGACAGUACAGUUGCUUGUGCUAUUCAGUCUGAGAUUAAAAUUUAAAAAAUGAGCAGCCUUGAUAAGAAGGUGCAAAUGGUGUGAGAAAUGUAUUAGUGUGUAUGGAAAGUGUGAAAGGGAAAUUGGUGCACAUUUAUAGUGGGAGAAAACUGGCAAAAAAGAACAUUGUAUUACUUGCUUUUCCUGUUAUACAUUUUAUAUAUUGUUUUGUUUAUCAGUAUCCACAGUUUUAAAAAAAUUUUUACCACAAAGUGGUUCUUUGGUUCCCAUUUAAUCCUCCUGCAUUGAGACCAAUCCCAACCUAACCUGUCCUUUGAUGAGUGUUUUUGAAAAAACCUGUAAAUAAUUGUCCUAUUAGGUAAUCCCAAUUUAAACAGACAAAAAGCCAUCUGCAGAUUUUUAUAUUAUCUCAAACAACUACUGUCUCGUGAUUAUAUCCUCAGUGUGUAUAUGUAUCUCUUUUUCCUCUUCAAUCCAGUAACAUUAAAACAAUAAUUAUUGUA